UGGGUCAAGGGGGUGAUGAUUCGUUGCAUGCUUAACAUCUGGGGUGUGAUCCUGUAUCUCCGGCUACCUUGGAUCACUGCACAAGCAGGCAUAGCGCUGACUUGGGUGAUCAUUCUAAUGUCUGUCACCGUGACCACCAUCACCGGAUUAUCCAUUUCUGCCAUCUCCACCAACGGCAAAGUCAAAUCAGGUGGGACGUAUUUCCUCAUUUCAAGAAGCCUUGGGCCAGAGUUGGGAGGCUCCAUCGGCCUCAUCUUCGCUUUUGCCAACGCCGUGGCUGUGGCCAUGCAUACGGUGGGCUUUGCAGAAACGGUGCGAGACCUCUUGCAGGAAUAUAACUCAAGCAUGGUGGAUCCAACCAAUGACAUCCGCAUCAUCGGAGUUGUCACGGUGACGGUGCUGCUUGGAGUAUCCUUGGCUGGGAUGGAGUGGGAAGCGAAGGCGCAGGUUCUGUUUUUUGUGGUGAUCAUGAUUUCCUUCAUUAACUACGUGGUGGGGACGGUUAUGCCAGCCACUGAGGAGAAGCAGGCCAAAGGAUUUUUCAGCUACCGAGCCAACAUUUUUGCUCAGAACUUUGUUCCCAGCUGGCGGGGCCCCGAUGGCAGCUUCUUCGGUUUGUUUUCCAUCUUCUUCCCAUCAGCCACUGGCAUCUUGGCAGGAGCCAACAUUUCAGGUGAUUUGAAGGAUCCUGCUGUGGCAAUUCCUAAAGGAACCCUCAUGGCUAUUUUUUGGACAACCGUAUCAUACCUGGUUCUGUCAGCUACAAUUGGUUCUUGUGUUGUCCGUGAUGCCUCUGGAAGCCUUAAUGAUACCGUCCUCGCUGGUUCCAUGGGCUGUGAAGGCAUUGCUUGUGGUUAUGGCUGGAACUUCACAGAGUGUGCUCAGAGACAUAGCUGUCAAUAUGGGCUGAUCAAUUAUUAUCAGACCAUGAGCAUGGUUUCUGGCUUUGCCCCUCUCAUCACAGCUGGGAUUUUUGGGGCCACCCUCUCUUCGGCUUUGGCAUGCCUCGUCUCAGCCCCCAAAGUUUUCCAGUGUCUUUGUAAGGAUGAACUAUACCCGGCCAUUGGCUUUUUUGGAAAGGGAUAUGGAACAAAUAAUGAACCAAUCAGGGGUUACAUGCUGACAUACCUCAUCGCGGUUGGCUUCAUCCUGAUAGCGGAACUGAAUGCCAUCGCUCCCAUCAUCUCCAACUUCUUCCUCUGCUCCUACGCGCUCAUCAAUUUCAGCUGCUUCCAUGCCUCUAUCACCAACUCACCAGGUUGGAGACCCUCCUUUAGGUAUUAUAGCAAGUGGGCAGCUCUGUUUGGGGCCAUCAUUUCUGUCAUUAUCAUGUUCCUGCUAACCUGGUGGGCUGCCCUCAUCGCUAUUGGGGUUGUGGUGUUCUUGCUUGGAUACGUUCUUUACAAGAAGCCUGGCGUUAACUGGGGCUCAUCUGUUCAAGCUGGUUCCUAUAACAUGGCGCUGAAUUAUUCUGUGAGUCUCAACGAGGUAGAUGACCAUAUUAAAAAUUACAGGCCUCAAUGCCUUGUCCUAACUGGUCCUCCCAACUUCCGCCCAGCCCUGGUUGAUUUUGUGGGCACUUUUACGAAAAAUUUGAGUCUGAUGAUCUGUGGGAAUGUGCUGAUCGGGCCCUGCAGACAAGCAAAUGCUGAAGUGGGACUUGCUUCCAAAGGCCACAUCAAAUGGCUGACCAAACGAAAGAUCAAAGCUUUCUACACAGGCAUCUUAGCAGAGGACUUGAGAACUGGAGCACAAAUCCUUAUGCAGGCCUCAGGUCUUGGGAAAAUGAAACCUAAUAUUCUUGUGCUUGGAUAUAAGAAUAACUGGCAGGCAGCACAUCCUCAGACAGUAGAAGAAUAUAUUGGGAUUCUGCAUGAUGCUUUUGACUUCAAAUAUGGAGUAUGCGUGAUGCGCGUGAAGGAGGGACUCAAUAUUUCUCGGAUCAUGCAGGCUCACAUUAAUCCAGCUUUUGAUCCAGCAGAAGUUCCUCAGAAAAACAGUGAAGUACCUGCUGUAACAGGCACAUUGGAUCCUGAUGCCUCAAUGGCAGAACGACAGGCGAGCACAAUUUUCCAGAUGGAUCAUGGCAAGAAAACGAUUGAUAUCUACUGGCUGUUUGAUGAUGGAGGUCUGACUCUUCUCAUCCCUUACCUCCUUGGCCGCAAAAAGAGGUGGGGGAAAUGCAAGAUCCGAGUGUUUGUCGGUGGGCAGAUCAACCGAAUGGACGAAGAGCGGAAAGCGAUUGUCUCUUUAUUAAGCAAGUUUCGGCUUGGAUUUCAUGAGGUUCACGUCCUUCCAGAUAUUAACCAGAAACCCCGACCUGAACAUGUGAAGAGAUUUGAUGACUUAAUUGCUCCGUUCAGACUGAACGAUGGCUUCAAAGACAAUGCGGUGGUGAAUGAGAUGCGUCAUGGUUGCCCAUGGAAAAUUUCCGAUGAAGAGGUUGCAAAAAACAAAGCUAAGUCACUUCGACAGGUGAGAAUGAAUGAAAUUUUGCUGGAUUAUUCUCGGGAUGCUGCUCUUAUUUUCAUAACUAUGCCAGUUGGCCGAAAGGGAUGUCCCAGUAGCCUGUACAUGGCUUGGCUGGAGACCCUCUCGCAAGAUCUCAGGUCUCCUGUGAUCCUGAUCAGAGGCAACCAGGAAAACGUCUUGACUUUUUACUGUCAGUAG